CCCUGGCCGUGCAGGCGGCGCCGUCGUCCAGCUUCGCCGCCGCGCUGCGCAAGCUCGCCAAGCAAGCCGAGGAGCCGCGAGGCUCCUCCAUAAGCAGCGAGUCGUCGCCGGUGUCGUCGCCGGCCACCAACCACAGCUCGCCGGCCAGCACGCCCAAGCGCGGCCCCAUGGGCCCCAUCCUGGUGCCGCCGGCGGGGCACAGCGUGCCCAGCACGCCGCCCGUCGUCACCAUCGCCCCCACCAAGACGGUCAACGGCGUCUGGAGGAGCGAGGGGCGCCAGGACGGGGCCUCGAGAGGCGGUGGCAGCAGCAGCGGCGCCCGCGAGCGGCUCCUGGCAGAGGCGCCGCUGCCGCAGGAGAAGCCCGGCGGCCCCGCGGUGCCCGCGCACCUCCUGGGCACCCCGUACUCCUUCGGGCUGCCGCCCAGCUCCGUGGUGCCCGACUCCCGCUUCCCGCCGCUCAACCUGCAGCGGCCCGUGCACCACGUGGUGCCCCCGAGCGCCGUCACCGAGGACUAUCUGCGCAGCUUCCGUCCCUACCACACGGCCGAGGAGCUGCGCGUGUCCUCGCUGCCGCCCCUCAGCCUCGACCCGGCCGCCGCCGCCGCCUACUACCACCCCAGCUACCUGGCGCAUCACCCCUUCCCGCACCCGGCCUUCAGGAUGGACGACUCGUACUGCCUCUCGGCGCUGCGCUCGCCCUUCUACCCGCUGCCGGCGCCGGGCUCGCUGCCGCCGCUGCACCCCUCGGCCAUGCACCUGCACCUCUCCGGCGUGCGCUACCCGCCCGAGCUGGCGCACUCCUCGCUCUCGGCGCUGCAGUCGGAGCGCAUGUCCAGCCUGGCCGCYGAGAGGCUGCACCUGGACGAGGAGCUGCGGCAGAGGGAGCGCGAGCGGGAGAAGGAGCGGGAGCGCGAAGCCGACCGCGAGCGCGAGAAGGAGCGCGAGAAGGAGCUGGAGCGCGAGCGGGAGAAGGAGCGCGAGCUGGAGCGGCAGCGGGAGCGCGCCCGCGAGAAGGAGCUGGCCAUGGCCAAGGCCAUGGAGGCGCCGUUCCUGCCCGUGGCCGAGCUGCACGGGCUGCGGGCGCACGCGCCCGAGGAGCGCGCCAAGCCGCCCGAGCCGCUGCCGCCCGCCAGAGCAGAGAAGCUCAAGGAGCCGGUGCUGCCGCCGCCGAAGCCCCUGCAGCACCCGCUGCACCCGCCGCCGGGCGCCCCGCACGCCGUGCCCGGCCUCAUCCCCAACCACAGCGUGUUCCCGCUGCCCGGCAGCAGCGCGGCCACCGCGCUGCUCAUCCACCGCACCAACGAGGAGGAGAAGUGGCUGGCGCGGCAGCGGCGCCUGCGCCAGGAGAAGGAGGACCGGCAGUCGCAGGUGUCCGAGUUCCGGCAGCAGGUGCUCGAGCAGCACCUCGACAUGGGCCGCGAGCCCGAGCACCGCCUGGAAAACGCCAGGUCGGGCGCGAGCCGGCACGAGGCGGGCGCGCGGGAGCCGCCGGCGCCGUUCGGGGGGCCGCCGCCGCUCAUCUCGCCCAAGGCCACGCACCACCCCAUGGCGGCGGCGCUCUGGAACCCCGUGUCCCUGCUGGAGAGCGCGCCGGAGCCGCGGCGCCUGGGCGAGCCGCACGGCGCCGCGGCGCCCUUCGAGCGCGCCGCCCAGCCCAUCCCCAUGGUCAAGGUGGAGCGCGUCUUCUGCGCCGAGAAGCUGGAGGACGGGCCCAGGAAGCGGGACGAGAAGUUCCCGGCGGCGCGGGAGCCCGCGGGCGCCGAACCCGCCGCCUUCGCCCACGCGCCCUUCCUGGCCGAGCUGGAGAAGUCGGCGCAGAGCAUCCUGAGCCAGCAGCGAGCGCCCGCGGCGCCCUUCGGAGAGGCCGCCAAGCCCGGCUCGCCCUACCGGCCGCCGCCGCCCCGCGCCCCCGACCCCAUGUACGUGUACGACGAGUUCGUGCAGCAGCACCGCAAGCUCGUCAGCAAGCUCGACCUGGAGGAGCGGCGGCGGCGGGAGGCCCGCGAGAAAGGUUACUACUACGACCUGGACGACUCGUGCGACGAGAGCGACGAGGAGGAGGUGCGGGCCCACCUGCGCUGCGUGGCCGAGCAGCCGCCGCUCAAGCUGGACACGUCCUCGGAGAAGCUGGAGUUCCUGCAGCUCUUCGGCCUCACCACGCAGCAGCAGAAGGAGGAGGUGCUGCGGCAGAAGCGGCGCAAGCGGCGGCGGAUGCUGCGCGAGCGGAGCCCCUCGCCGCCCACGGUGCAGAGCAAGCGCCGCACGCCCUCGCCGCGCGCCCCGCUCUCCACGCGCUACAGCCCCGACGACAUGAACAACAGCCCCAACCUGGAGGAGAAGAAGCGCUUCCUCACCAUCUUCAACCUGGCGCACAUCAGCGCCGACAAGCGGAAAGAUAAGGAGAAGCUGGUGGAGAUGCUGCAGGCCAUGAAGCAGAAGACGACGCCGGCCGCCGUGGUGCUCAAGAGCUCCCCGCGGGACAGCCCCGGUGGCCCCGGCUCCGAGCUGUUGGUGCAGCCGCUCCCGGGGGACACGGACAAAGCCCCGGGGGUCCCCGUGCCGGAGCCGCCGAGGACGGCGGAGCCCGGGCGGCUGGAGCCGCUGCGACCCCCGGAGCUGGCGCGCGCUAAGGAGGCGUCGGAGAAGCCGCGGCUGAGCGAGGGCAAGAAGGCGCUGAGCAUCCUGAGCUACGUGCGCGGCCCCCUGCCCAAGGACAUCCCCGUGCCGCUGUCGCACAGCGUCAACGGCAAGAGCAAGGCCUGGGAGCCCUUCAUGGCCGAGGAGUUCGCCCACCAGUUCCACGAGUCGGUGCUGCAGUCCACGCAGAAAGCCCUGCAGAAGCACAAAGGUACGGGGGCGUCGCUGGUGGCCGAGCAGAACCACAAGCUGGACACCUCCGUCCACUACAACCUGCCUGAGCUGCAGGCGCCCGGCCGCCCGCCGGGACCCCCGCACAACGGGCAGCCCGAGGCGCCGCCCCGYGCCCCCGAGCGCCGCCACGACUCGGCCUCCGACGACGACGAGGACGACGAGGAGGACGAGGACGAAUUCCCCCGGCCCAAAUGGCAAGGGAUCGAGGCAAUUUUCGAGGCUUACCAGGAGCAUAUAGAAGAACAAAACGUGGAGCGGCAGGUGCUGCAGACGCAGUGCCGGCGCCUGGAGGCGCAGCACUACAGCCUGAGCCUCACGGCCGAGCAGCUCUCACACAGCAUGGCGGAGCUGCGGAGCCAGAAGCAGAAGAUGGUGUCGGAGCGGGAGCGGCUGCAGGCCGAGCUGGAUCACCUGCGCAAGUGCCUUGCCUUGCCGGCGAUGCAGUGGGCGAGGGGCUACUUCAAGGGGUACCCCAGGUGACGCUCCUGGGGCCAGGCCGGACCUAUAGUCUAGAAAUAAUAAUCUAUUUUAUUACCUUGAAUAUUUAAUAUU